AUGGCUCGUUCCAGAGACGAUUCUCGGCGCAGUCGCUCUUGCUCACGAGAGCGCCGCCGCUCGCCCCGCUCCUCCCAAAGACGCAGCCGAAGUCGCAGUAGGUCUCAACUGCGCCGUCGUCGUAGUCGCAGCUUCAGUAGAAACUCCAACCUGUCGCGCUGUUCCCAGCACUCUCGGCGCAACCCGGAUGGACUGUUCGCGCUUCAAUCUCGCGACUCUGAGCGAGAUUCCAGCCGCUCUCGCGUGUCUCUAUUAGGUCUAGACAAACUAGCAGCCGAAAAGCGCCAAGAAGGUGGAAUUCGCAGCUCGGAAAGCUCCAAGACAGCUUCAAACCGACCUCCGUUGGAGACUUCCAGUACCUCAUCACUGUCGCGCUCAGAACGCGGUACAGGGCUCAACGCCAGUGAAUGGGACGCUCCGGAACGUCUUCGGAGUGUAGAGAAUCCUCGGGAUCUUUCGGAUCAGUCAGAGACGCCCAAAACAAGUGAGGGAAGCAGAUAUAGCAGAUCCAGCAGCUCUAGAAGGGAACGAGACGACCGUCGCAGCAGAAGUAGCAGUGCCAGUACGUGGAGAGGACAGAGAGGCUCUCCACCGCCUACUAGAGACCCCUAUAGACGCAGAGAGAAGCUGGAAGCCCCCAAAAAGCAGUACGACGACCAAGUGGAGGAGGAGUUCGACCGAGAGUUCUACUUAAAUGACGAUGCUGGGGGCAUCGAGGCUCACGAGGGCCACGUGUUUCUUGGUAGUGAGGAGAAGUUCAAGGCUCUGGAGCAGCAGCUGGAGCAAACGCGAGCGAGAGGAGACAACAAACUCAAGGGCAUGUCAGCCAGAGCCUCGGCUUUGUCAGCUGAUCAAGAGGCGUGGGAGAAGAACCGACUGCUGACCAGCGGCGUCGUGGCGUCUGGACGAGUUGACACUGAUUUCGACGACGAACUGGACUCGAGAGUGCAAAUUAUGGUCCACAGCACCAAACCCCCUUUUCUGGACGGACGGGUGGCGUUCACGACGCAAGUGGAGAUGGUGGCGACUGUGAAAGACCCGACGUCGGACAUGGCGGUGUGUGCGAGGAAAGGGAGCGAGUUGCUGCGUGAAGUGAGGGAGCAAAGAGAGCGCAACAAGAUGAGGAAAAGGUUCUGGGAGGUCGGAGGGUCACGGAUGGGCGACGCUAUUGGCAUCAAGAAAGACGCUGGCUCGGAUGACGAGGAAGAGGAGAAACGAGAAGAAGAAUCGGAGAAUUACAAGCAGGACUCGCAGUUCUCCACCCAUCUGAAGAAGCAAAAGGCGGUCAGUGUGUUCGCCAAGACGCGUACGCUGCGUCAGCAACGAGAGUUUCUGCCUAUUUUCCAGUGUCGAGAGGAGUUGCUGCAGGUGAUUCGAGAGAAUCAGAUCGUCGUGAUUGUCGGAGAAACGGGGUCCGGGAAGACCACGCAACUGACUCAGUACUUGCACGAAGAAGGAUACUCGGAGUUUGGCAUGAUCGGAUGUACCCAACCACGUCGUGUGGCUGCCAUGUCGGUGGCUCAGCGUGUCAGUGAAGAGAUGGAGGUUACGCUCGGGGAAGAAGUGGGUUACGCUAUUCGAUUCGAGGACCUGACGUCGGACAAGACCAUCAUCAAGUACAUGACGGAAGGAGUGUUGUUACGCGAGUCUCUGCGUGAGUCCGACCUUGACUCGUACUCGUGUGUGAUCAUGGACGAGGCCCACGAACGAGCGUUGAACACUGACGUGCUCUUCGGUAUCUUACGUAAGGUGGUUCAACGUCGCAGCGACUUCAAACUGAUCGUGACGUCUGCGACGUUAGAUGCAGACAAGUUCGCCAACUUCUUUGGCGGUGUACCCAUGUUCACGAUCCCUGGUCGGACGUUCCAUGUGGAUACACGCUAUGCCAAGUCUUCGAGCGAAGACUACGUCGAUGCAGCAGUGAAGCAAGUGAUGCAGAUCCACUUAUCGCACCCUCCAGGGGACGUCCUGGUGUUCAUGACAGGCCAAGAAGACAUUGAAGCGACGUGCUACGUGCUGGCAGAUCGGAUGGGGAAGCUGGACGGCGCGCCUCCACUUAUGGUGCUGCCCAUGUACUCCCAGCUUCCAGCUGAUCUGCAGGCCAAGAUCUUUGACGCUUCAGACAUCCGCAAGUGUAUCGUAUCGACGAAUAUCGCCGAGACGUCGUUGACGGUGGACGGCAUCAAGUACGUCAUCGACACGGGAUUCUGCAAGGUGAAAGUGUACAACCCCAAGAUCGGCAUGGACGCGCUGCAGGUGAGUCCCAUCAGUCAGCAGAACGCCAAUCAACGUGCCGGUCGAGCUGGUCGCACUGGUCCUGGUGUAGCUUAUCGCCUGUACACUCAGCGACAGUUCGUCAACGAGCUCCUGGAAGCGCAGAUUCCAGAGAUCCAGCGAACGAAUCUGGGCUACGUUGUGCUACUGCUCAAGUCUCUGGGCGUUUCUAACUUACUAGAGUUCGAUUUCAUGGAUCCACCGCCACAAGACAACAUCACCAACUCCAUGUACCAGUUGUGGGUGUUGGGAGCGUUGGAUAAUACGGGCGAGCUGACUGAAAUCGGCAAGAAGAUGGUCGUGUUCCCUCUGGAUCCGCCCCUAGCGAAGAUGUUGCUGUUCAGUGAACAACUGGGGUGUACAACUGAGGUUCUCAUCGUGGUGAGUAUGCUGUCAGUCCCCAGUGUGUUCUUCCGUCCUAAAGAUCGAGAGGAAGAGAGUGACGCUGCACGAGAGAAGUUCUUUGUCCCAGAAAGUGACCACCUUACCCUGCUGAAUGUGUAUCAACAAUGGGAGUCCAACCGCCACUCCGCUCAAUGGUGUUCUAAUCACUUCAUCCAUGCCAAAGGCCUGCGAAAAGCGCGUGAGGUGCGGGAGCAGCUGGCCGAUAUUAUGAAGCAGCAACGUGUGCGUCUCCGAUCGUGUGAAGGACGUUGGGAUGUGGUCCGGAAGGCCAUUUGCUCGGCGUAUUUCUACAAUUCGGCGCAGAUCAAGGGCAUCGGCGAGUAUGUCAACAUGCUGACGGGUAUGCCUUGUAAUUUGCAUCCUAGUGCUGCGUUGUUUGGCCUCGGAUACACGCCAGACUUUGUCGUGUACCAUGAACUUAUCUACACCAGCAAAGAGUACAUGCAGUGUGCUACAGCAGUGGAAGGAGAGUGGCUGGCAGAGCUCGGCCCCAUGUUUUUCAGUGUGAAGGAGUCGUUCCAGUCACGAUUACUCAAACGGAUGAAGGAAAAGGAGGAAGCGGCAGAGAUGGAGAGCGAAAUGGAGGCGUCUCGACAUGCCAAAGAGGAGGAAGCCAAAGAGGAAUUAGAAAAGAAACUCGCGACAAAUCGUCAAAACAAGAAGCAACGGAUGACCGUGGCGGGUCCUGGACGCUCCGACCCGCCUGCCAGUUUUGCCAAGACAACGAGACGGCCACCUCGUCCUCGUCGCUUUGGGUUUUAG